AUGGCUUCAACAACACCAUCUUCAGAUCCUGGCCCUGUCUAUUUCUGGCGAGAAACGGACCCUGAGGUCGGUUACCUUUCGCAGUGGUACUACUGUCCCUUUCGGGAUGAUCAAGAUGAGAAAAAGACUUAUAAAACAGCUGAGCAUUACUUGAUGCACCAAAAAGCCCUUGUCUUCAACGACCAGGACAUCGCCGCCCAGAUUCUCAAGACUGGCAGUCCGCGCAAGGUCAAGUCUCUCGGCCGCAAGGUCAAAAACUUUGACGAAAAGACAUGGCUCAAACAUCGCCGCGAUGUUGCUCGACGAGGCAACAUCCUCAAGUUCACGCGUGCUAUUACCGAAGAAGGCUUCAAGAGGGGCACACCCAACGGCAAUACCGCAGCUGAUAGCCUGAUACAACCUAUCGAGAGUUCUUUGCUUGAUACGCUGCUCAGUACAGGUGACAGGGACCUUGUCGAGGCAAGUCCGUUUGAUCGGAUAUGGGGUAUUGGGUUUAGAGCUGCGGAUGCAGAAACUGCGAGAGACGCAUGGGGUGAGAAUCUGCUUGGUAAGGAGCUUAUGGAGGUCAGAAGAAUCCUGAGGGAGAGAAGAGAUAAAGGGGAGGCAUAG